AUGGCACCAGUCCGCCGGAUUGCUCAGAUCGUUCACCUCAAGCCAGCCGCCGUGGCCGCGUACAAAGAAUGCCACGCAAAUGUAUGGCCUGAGGUGCUUCAGCAAAUCAAGGAUUGCAAUAUCAAGGAUUACUCAAUUUUCUUCGACAAUGACCGGACCUUGUUUGCAACAUUCAAAUAUGUCGGCACCGACUUCGAUGGAGAUAUGGAAGCCAUGCGAGCGAACCCGAAGAUCAGAGAGUGGUGGGCUAUGACAGACGGCAUGCAGGACAGCCCUAUCCCAGGAGCUGUCAGUAGCGCGGACGGACCAGGUUGGUGGAAGGUCUUGGACGAAGUGUUUUACACUGAGUAA